AUGCCCCCGCAGUCAGGGCCCUCCCCGCCCCGCGCUCCCUGCAGCCCCCAGGGACACCCCCCUCAUCUCCCUCCUUCCCUCUCCCCGCCAUCCCUGCCGCAGUUUUCCCCCACCCACCGGGGAGUUUGGGGACCGCAGGGACAGGGACCCGCCCGAGUCGUGCCAGGAAUUCCCUGCGCUGAAGGGUUGGGGGAGACUCCCUCGAGGGAUGCCCUCUGCAGCAGAGGGGGAUUCCUGCCUCUGGAGGGGGGAGCUUGGGGGGUGCUAGGGCAGCCCUUCCUCAAUGUCACCCAGAUGUGCUCUGCUCUUCACAGGGCCAGAGAGGGACCCCGGGGAGGGAGAAGGAAUCACGUCCUCUCCAGUUUGGACAUGGAUCAAGCCCUUCCCCAAAUCACCAUGCACUCCCAGUCCUGGAUCCCAGUGUCGUCAGGGAUGUGCUCAUUUUGGGAGCUGCUGCAGGUGGUGCAGGCACUGUUGACAUGCAGGAGCCAGGAGUGGGGGCCGUGUUUUUGGAGCUGGGAGAUUCUGACUAAGAUUCCCUGCACACCUAAAAACCGGGCUUUAAAAUACAGACAAAUGGAGUAA